AUGGAGAAGAAGAUCACCGAUGUUUUAGGUGAUAUGGAUGGCUUAGCGGAGGCCAUUAGUGGAAAGCUCAAGGAGGUGAAGACAGAAUUGAGCAUGGUGAAGCUUGCUUUCAAUGACGACCAAGAUCAAGGUGCCGGAGCCAAAGGCAUAUGUUGUCGAACAAAGCUCCAAAAAGUCGGAGAAUUUCUUAUGGGAUAUGGAGCAGUAUUUCCAAGCUGCCAAGAUUCCGGAUGCUAA